UCGGAGCGGGGAGGGCGGCGCGGCACAGCCCGCGGCGGCGGCGGGGAGGCUGCAGAGCCCAAGUUACAACCCACCCCACAGCUGGAGAGGGGGGAAAAGGCUACACAGCAGCAAAACCCUGUGGCUGUUUGGGCAGCACCGUUUGUCUGUACCUCAAACUCCCGGGAAAGCAGGAUGAAGGACAUUUCUCACAGUGGAAUGACUUGCUGCAGCACCCAAGGGCCCAGGUGGGACAGCAGAGAGCACAUGGUCCAGGAGUCCCGCCAGGACAGGGAGCUGGGCGCCUGUCCCAGGGAGAGCCCGUCCCUCCAGAGCCGCUUCACCACCCUGACCAUCACCAGGGAGCCUGGGAGCAAGCACAGAGCCAAGGAUGGAGCUGUGGGAACCAGCCAGGGAUGUGCCAGCGCCAGCAGCGGAGCAGCCACCACCACCACCAUGCUGUUUGAACCCAGUGGAGAUGGGCAAACCCCGCAGGUCGUGGUGCUGGUGGGGGCCCCAGGGAUGGGGAAGACAAUGAUGGUCAGGAAGGUGAUGGUGGAGUGGGGAGAAGGGGCACUCCACACGCAGUUUGACUUUGUCUUCUGCAUUGACUGCAAAGCCAUCGUCCUUCCCAUGGAAGCCAGCGUGGCAGACCUGGUUUCAUGGUGCUGUCCUGGCCUGCAAGUGCCAGCUGGGAAGAUCCUGGAUGACCAGAAGAAGAUCCUGUUCAUUUUUGAUGGCUUUGAGGCCCUGGGGUUCUCCUUGGUUCAGCCUGAAGCUGAGCUGAGCUCUGACCCCAGGGAGGUGAAGCCGCUGGAGCUCACCCUGAUGAGCUUGUUGAAGAAGACUCUGCUCCCCAAAGCCUCUUUGCUCAUCACCAUGAGGCCAACGGCUCUUGGAAGCCUGAGGCAGUGCCUGAAGGGUGAGAAUUAUGUGGAGAUACUGGGAUUCUCAGCAGCCAGGAGGGAGGAGUAUUUCCACAGGUAUUUUGAGAACCCCAACAAAGCAGACGUGGCCUUCAGGUUUGUCAGAGGCAACGAGAUCCUCUAUAGCUUGUGUGUCAUCCCUAUCAUGAGCUGGACCAUCUGCACCAUCCUUGAACAAGAGCUUUGUGGGCAGAAAAACCUCCUUGAGUGCUCCAAAACCACCACAGGGAUGAUAAUGUUCUACCUCUCCCAGUUACUGAAGCACAGGGACAGGGACAACCCCCAGGUCCUCCAGCAGUUCCUACUCCAGCUUUGCUCCUUGGCAGCCGAGGGUAUUUGGAAGCACAAGGUCCUCUUUGAGGAGAAGGAAAUCAAGGACUGUGGCUUGGACCUGCCAGGUCUUCUCCCCUACUUCCUCAAUGAAAGAAUCCCAAGGGAAGGAGAAGACCAUGAGAGUGUCUAUGCUUUCACCCAUCUGCACCUCCAGGAGUUUUUUGCAGCAAUGUUUUACGUUCUGGAGGAUGAUGGGGAAACGAUCAGCAGCCUGGGGAGGCUUGAAAAGAACGUAAAUAAAUUGUUAGAAAGCUACAACAAGUCCAGAAAGGAUUUGAAUGUAACAGUGCGAUUCCUCUUUGGUCUGGUCAGCCAGAAAUCCAUAGAGUACAUGGACAAUACCAUUGGGUGCAGAAUUUCACCACGAGCCAGGGAAGAGCUGCUGGAGUGGCUUCAGGGGAGGCACAGAGGCCUCUCUCACCCUGGCCAAGCACUGAAGGUUUCGGAGAUGGACACUUUCCACUUCUUGUUUGAGAUGAACGAGAAGAGCUUUGCACAAAGUGCAUUGAGUCAUCUCACUGACCUGGACUUGCAGGACACCAGGCUGACCCUGUAUGACCAGAUGGCUCUUUCCUUCUGCAUCCAACACUGGACUGGGCUGGGCUCCGUCACCCUCCAAGGAUGCUCCUUCCACUGGCGGGAUCCUGAGGCAGAGCUGGAUGUGUCAGUGCCUUGCUCUGGAGUCUCGGGAGCCAGAGGACAUCCUGGUGCCCUCGUUGCGUGGCGGCGGGAGGAGCUGCCCUGCCCCAUCCACCUGCUCUGCCGCGCUCUGCGGCACCGGGACAGUGCCCUGCAGGUGCUCCGGCUGCAGUGGUGCCGGCUGUGCGAGAGCUGCUGUGCGGAGCUGGCAGCACUGCUGGCAGAGCACCCGGGCCUGGCCCAGCUGGAGCUGGCUGACCGCUCGCUGGGUGACAGUGGCGUGCGCCUCCUCUGUGAGGGGCUGCGGACUCCGGGCUGCCGUCUGCGCAUCCUGCGGCUUCGGUAUUCCCGCAUCACCAGUGCCAGCUGCGAGGACCUCGCCGCUGUGCUGAGCACCAACACCUGCCUGGAGGAGCUGGAUUUGUCCUUCAGCGAGGGUCUGCGCGAUGCCGGCGUGGAGCUGCUGUGUGAGGGGCUCCAGCACUGUGCCUGCCCGCUACAGACACUGCGGCUGGGCAGCUGCCGGCUGUCAGGCGCCUCCUGCCCGGCCCUGGCUGCGCAGCUGCCUGGGCCCCGUCUCAGCUGCCUGGACCUGAGCGACAACGAGCUGCGAGCCCAGGGCGUCCUGCAGCUCUGCCAGCAGCUCCGGCAUCCCGCCUGCCCGCUGAGGAGCCUGGGCUGAGUCGGGGCCCUGCCCCGGCCCCUUCCAUGCCCGGCAUGCCCGAGCCGGGCAGUGGAGGCCGCGGGACAGCCAGGGCCGCACCGUCACCGUGGCCACUGCAGCUCCUCCCUCCCCACAAGCUCCAACACCUUCUCCUCUACUCCUGCCUCCUCCACGCCCAGGCUGAGCACGGACGGAUUCAGCCAGGCCCUGCUGCAGGAACUGGACGCCCUCCGGGCCCUGCAGCCCGGCCUGAACAUCAGGAACCUCCUGGAGCACGACGUGCCGCAGGCCGGGGCCAUGGCCCGGCUGCCCUGCCACCGCGGGGUGCUGCCGGGGGGCAGGAGGGCGCUGCCCUCCUUCAGGAGACCUCCCAUCCUUUAGGAACAUCCUUCCAACAACCAGAGCCACUCCUGGCCCGGCUCUCUGUGCUGAGAGUGGGGCUGAGCCUGCCCCACCCUCGGGGCACAGGGAGGAGAUCCUGCUGCAUCUGCGGGGCAGGAUCUGGGUCCUGUCCCCUCCCUUUUGUCCUCGUUGUUGCUGGCAGCAGUUGCAUGCAUUUGGCAGUGACAAAUAAAGAUCCUGCAGACAA